AUAUUUGCUAGCUUUCCCCGGAUCUCACCCUUGUACGUAGUGCUCCUUCCGUAAUGUUUUGAUCAUUGCAAACAUUGAUACCCAAGCGAACUCACUUGCAAUGAAGCUCUAUCUGUGGACCGUUUCGUUUUUUUCCUGCCUGUCGCUCGUGUAUGGCCUCUACGAUAACGUCCCAGACUGCGCUUUACCAUGUCUCUUCGAACCACUUGACUACACGCCCUGUGAGUUCUCGAAUUCGACAUGUCUAUGCGGAGAUAUGAACUAUAAUAUGGCCGUGAUCCAUUGCGUCAGAGUACAAUGUAGUGUGCAACAAGCUUUGUUUACGAAGAAUCAAACCUGGCAAGACUGCGGAUUCGAAUACCAUGAUGAAAGCGCUGCAAUCUCCUGGGUUCCAUUGUUCCUCUUCGGCCUCGUUACCGUCUUCUUCGCAUCUCGAUUGGCAACGAAAUGGAUGGAGCUCUCGACGUGGGGCUGGGACGAUUGGACUAUUGUGUUUGCAUACGCCAUGAUGAUUGCGUUCUUAGUUGCGACGAUUGUAAUAAAACGGGAAGGAUUUGGAAAAGACAUAUGGAUGCUCACCGUGGAUCAAAUCACUGCCUUCAUCAGGGGCUUCUUCGCCUUCGAAAUUUUGUAUUUCGUGACUCUCGCAGUCAUCAAAGCUUCGAUCCUGUUCCUCUACCUUCGCAUUUUCGGCUCGAUCACGGAGGUAUUCCGGCAGGUUCUCUGGGGCACACACAUCUUCAACAUAGCCGUUUGCAUCACGUUCAUCAUUGUCAAUCUCAAUCAGUGCAAGCCUCUCAGUUACAUGUGGUACGGAUGGGAUGCAAAAUAUCCUGGAUACUGUAUCGACCUAUCGGCCACGACGCUUUCGCACGCUUCCUUGAAUAUCGCGAUCGACGUAUGGAUGUUGUUCCUCCCGGCCACGCAGAUUUACAAGCUCAAUUUGCAGAAGAGACAAAAGGCGGGGAUUAUGUCGAUGUUCGGUGUUGGAAUAUUUAUCACAAUCGUCAGCGCUGUGCGUUUGAGAAGUGUAUCGGUCUUCAACAAAUCAUGGAACCCGACAUAUGACUUCUUUGGCCUCGCACUCUGGUCACACAUUGAGCUGUGUGUGGGCAUGAUAGUCGCAUGCAUCCCGGCAACCCGAACCCUGACUAGACGCCUCUCCCCCAAACUUCUUUUCGUCACCAACAUCUCCACUUCGAGAAGGUUGUCGACCAGGGCAUCAGAAAAUGUCAAAAUUGUGUCGCAACAUAUUGCAACGAUCGCCGUCGAUGACGCUCAUGAAAAUUCGACGAUAUCCUAGAAAAAGAAGGAUUCCCUUGGUGCUUUAACGCCUGACCGAGGGGCCUUAUGUGGUUCGUGUUUGGAGAAAUAUGGCAUUUAAAUUGGGUCGGUUUGUACCUGUUGCCAAUUGGCACCCGAUGGGAUAUGUACUCUGCUGAGUACUUUGCUAAGUACUCAUAGGAUUACAUAUGUACCACACUAUCGCGACUCCUUUAAGGUGGUUGAAAGGCUGGAUGCCGGGCUUCGGGACAUCGGCUUGGGCAUGACAGGGAAUGGCCUCCUUUGGCGUAUCAAUCUCUGGGCCUGGGGACUGAUUGGGAGCGGCUGGCAAGUCAGGUAUCGAUAUGCGAAGGACCUUACUGCGCGCGGUACUGUGAACUGUGACAGGGAUACAUACAGCACACCUCU